AUGCCUGUGAACAAUCAGUCGUGUACCUCAACUAACUCUAGUCCAAAAUUUAUUGACAUGAACCACCACAAUUCAAACAGUACCAAAUGUGGGGUCAUCAAAAAUACCACGUCGACGACACCUCCCACACCUGGCCAGAUGUCACAUCUCCAGGUUUGGCCGGGGAUUGUAUUACCUCCCACACCUGGCCAGAUGUCACAUCUCCAGGUCUGGCCGGGGAUUGUAUUACCUCCCACACCUGGCCAGAUGACACAUCUCCAGGUCUGGCCGGGGAUUGUAUUACCUAAGACACCUGGCCAGAUGACACAUCUCCAGGUUUGGCCGGGGAUUGUAUCACCUCCCACACCUGGCCAGAUGACACAUCUCCAGGUUUGGCCGGGGAUUGUAUUACCUAAGACACCUAGCCAGAUGACACAUCUCCAGGUUUGGCCGUGGAUUGUAUUCCCUAAGACACCUGGCCAGAUGACACAUCUCCAGGUUUGGUCGGGGAUUGUAUUACCUAAGACACCUGGCCAGAUGACACAUCUCCAGGCUUUGCCGGGGAUUGUAUUACCUAAGACACCUGGCCAUAUGACACAUCUCCAGGUUUGGCCGGGGAUUGAAUUACCUAAGACACCUGGCCAGAUGACACAUCUCCUGGUUUGGCCGGGGAUUGUAUUACCUAAUUCAUCUGGCCAGAUGACACAUCUCCAGGGUUGGCCGGGGAUUGUAUUAUCUAAGAAGGAGAUGUGUCAUCUGGCCAGAUGA